GUGUCAGACUGGCUCUCCUCUCACAAUGGCAGCAGCUCAACUCCCAGCGUCUGUGGAUCAGCACACCUGCUCAGCGUGUCUGGUGGUCCUGCAGGAUCUCGUCGCUAUCCCAUGUGGUCACAGCUUCUGUAUGGUUUGUAUAGAUGUCUACUGGAAACAGUCUGGCACAGAGGGGAUUUACACCUGUCACCAGUGCAGACAAACCUUUGAUUUGAAGCCUCCAUUUAACAGGAAUGCCACUUUGGCUGACGUUACUGCCACAUUAAAAGGAGUGCUGGUGAGUGAAGCUCCAUCUCAGAGUUACGCAGGACCUGAUGAUGUGCCCUGUGAUGUGUGCACUGGCAGAAAACUGAGAGCAGAGAAGACUUGCAGCUCCUGCAUGCACUCCUACUGUGAGACUCACCUGCGGCCACACAGGGAAUCCGAAGAUCUAAAGACCCACAAACUGGAGGAGCCAUCUGGAAGCCUCAAAGACAAGCUAUGCACAAAACACCAGAAAGUUCUGGAAAGCUUCUGCAGAACAGACGAGAUCUGCGUCUGUUUACUGUGUGAGGAGGCUGAACAUAAUGGCCAUGAGAUGGUGACACCUGAUAUGGAGAGAUCUGUCAGACAGAGUCUGCUGGAAAACAGGAUGGCUGAAAUGAAAAAGAGAAUUGAGGAGAAAGAGAAGAAACUGGAGGAGACGAAGGAGACGGUAGUGAGGAUUCAGAGCUCAGCAAAGAGAGAAGUGCAAGAACAUGAGGAGUCCUUCGCGUCUCUCCUUCAGUCCAUUGAAAGGCUAAGGUCAGAGAUCAGCUGUCUGAUCAGAGAUUAUGAGCAGAGGGAAGUGAGAAAGGCCGAAGCGCUCAUGGGGCAACUGAAGAACGAGAUCAAGGAACUGAAGAGGAGAGAUGCUGACCUGGACGAGUUCUCAAAGACAGACAACCACAUCUACUUCCUAAAGAGGUUCCCAUCAAUCUUUUCCAUCUCUGAAGAUGCAGAUGCACCCAUCAUCGCUGUUAACAGUGACUUCCUUCCUGAUACUCUGAGGAAGGACCUAUCUGACCUGAAGAAGACUCUGGAGGAGAUCAGCGACUGGGAGUUUAUGCAGACCAGUGACACCGGACUUAAUUAUCCAGGUCACAUUCUGCAGUAUCUGAGAGGAAGAAAUUAUUUUUUAAAAUGCAAUGGCCCUGUUGUUCCCAACACAGACCUGCACCCUGGCCUCACAGGUCUUAAGGACAGACCUCCUGAUGUGAUCCCACCUAAACGUAAAGGUGCUGCCCUUCGCUAG